AGCCGCGAGAGAAAAGCAGUUUUUGGAAGCCGCCCGCAGGAUGCCCUAGGCCCAGUUCGCGAUACCACGCCAGCUUUCGCCAAAGCAGAAGAACGCAGGUCAAAAGUUCCCUCUUACGUCCCGCCUCCUAUCCUCCGGACACACAACGGCUGUUGCCUCCUGCGAACGACUACAGGUUUCGAUGACUCAUCUCCGCGCCGUGUUCUCAUGCACUAGCUGAUUUGUGUACCCUGAAGAGAAAUCCUAGAGGCGAAGGUGUUCAACUGCAGUCAUGGACGAGGAUCAGGAAAUGGAGCGCUUCGAUAUGGAAAACGACUAUGAGGGCGGCCGAUGGAUUGGGGACGAGUACUACUACCGAUCUAAGAAGGAGAAGAGGAUGCAGACCAAGGAGGACACUAUCUAUGGCUCAUUCGCUGCCCGUUCCUCCGACUCCGACUCAGAUGGCCGCCUAUCUAGGAAGCGGAGCAAGCGGGACCUAAUCAGAAAAGCAGAUUUCUCCAAGCCCGUUCAGUUCAUCUCCACAGGUACCGUCAUGCCCAAUCAGGAGAUCGAGAACAACGCCGAGGAGAACGCCGCCCCUGAAAAUGUUAAUCCUAGUUCGGGCCUAGGGUUCGGGUUGGGCUUCCAAUCCGAUCCUGAUAGGAUGGGAGAGGACGAUGAAGACGAGUACUUCCUCCCUACAGCGUUUGGCAGGAAGAUAAAAGAGGCAGCACAGAGGAGAGAGAGGGAGAGGGAGGAGAUGGAGAGGGUGAAACUAAGGUCUGAGAAGAAAUCAAUUGGGAGAAAAGAGACUGGUUCGCUUAAUGCACUGGGGAAGUUCGAGAACCAUACCAGAGGAAUUGGAUUGAAGCUUAUGGAGAAGAUGGGUUACAAAUUGGGUACUGGACUGGGCAAAUCUGAGCAAGGCAUCACCGUUCCCAUUGAAGCAAAGUUGCGCCCCAAGGGCAUGGGCAUGGGUUUUAAUGAUUACGAAGAGGCAAAGUUGCCAGCUUUAGAUGAGGCUGUUAAUGAGGGAAAGGCAGUGGCAACUGUGGCUGCCAGCAGGCCUAGAGAAAAGAGAUGGUUGAAGCAGAAACAAGGAAAAAAGAAAUUAGAGUUUAUGACAGCUGAUGAGCUACUUGCAAAGAAGCAGGAGCAGGGGCUUGAGGUUUUUCAGCAGAAGAUUCUUGAUAUGAGAGGACCACAGGCUAGAGUACUUUCCAAUCUUGAAAAUUUGAAUGCUGAGGUAGAGGCGAAGGAGAACCAGGUGCCUAUGCCUGAACUCCAGCACAAUGUUAGGCUGAUUGUGGAUAUGGCCGAGUCCGAUAUACUUAAGAUUGACAACCAGUUAAGAAGGGAGAGAGAAAAUGUCGUGAGUUUGCAGAAGGAGAGAGAGAAGCUGCAGAAGGAAGCUGCUAUACAGAAGCAGCAACUGGAGGCAAUGGAGACUAUUGCAAAGAUAGUGAAACAGGUUGAGGAUGAUAACAUGUCUGGUAUCUUGACAAUGGAAUCACUUUUGAGGGCAUUCAGUGAUUUGAAAGAGAGGUUUGCAGAGGAUUAUAAGUUAUUCAAUAUUUCCUGCAUUGCUUGUUCUUUUGCCAUCCCACAACUUAUCAGAGUCUUUCAAGGUUGGGAGCCUCUACAGAAUCCGUUGCAUGGACUGGCCGUUAUAUCUUCAUGGAGAGAUCUUUUGCAGGGUGAUCAGCCUUUUGAUUAUUCAGAUGGUGUAGUUUCCAGUUCUCCAUAUGCCCAUCUGGUAGGUGAGGUAAUCCUGCCAGCAGUCAGGAUAUCAGGGACUAAUAGUUGGCAGGCAAGGGAUCCAGAGCCAAUGUUGCGGUUUGUAGAGUCAUGGGAGAAGUUGCUUCCUCCGGUCAUCCUUCAAUCUAUCUUGGAGCAUGUUAUAAUGCCAAAACUUUCUAUGGCUGUGGAUUCCUGGGAUCCUCGCAGAGAGACUGUACCUAUUCAUGUUUGGAUACAUCCAUGGCUGCCUCUACUUGGUCAGAGAUUAGAGGAUUUGUACCAUAAAAUUCGGUUUAAGUUGGGUAACGUUCUUCAUGCUUGGCAUGCUAGUGAUGCUUCUGCUUAUGCUAUCCUUUCUCCUUGGAAGGAUGUUUUUGAUGCAGCCAGUUGGGAGAAUCUUAUUGUACGCUUCAUUGUCCCAAAGCUAAUGAGUGCGUUGCAGGAAUUUCAAAUUAAUCCAGCUAACCAGAUACUGGAUCAAUUCAACUGGGUUAUGACAUGGGUUUCUGUUAUCCCAAUUCAACAUGUAGUCAAUAUGUUAGAAGUUGGUUUUUUCAGCAAGUGGCAGCAGGUUCUGUACCAUUGGCUGUGCUCAAAUCCUGAUUUCAAUGAGGUAAUGCAGUGGUAUAUGGGUUGGAAGGGUCUUUUUCCACCAGAAUUACUUGCCAAUGAGCGGAUUAGAGUGCUGUUCAGUUCUGGUCUGUCUAUGAUGAACCAAGCUUCAGAAGGUAUCGAGUUGAUUCAACCCGGGGCUCGUGAGAAUACAAGUUACUUACGAAUUGCGGAUAGGAGGCAGUUUGGAGCUCAACAAACAGCAGGAUACUCGGUUCAUCUGCAUACUUCUGCAGCUUCUGUCAAUGGGUUUUCUAGGGAUGGUGGUGGAGCAAAUUCUGAAAUGAGUUUGAGAGAGAUUAUUGAGGAUUAUGCCGUAGACCAGGGUUUGAUUUUUGUUCCUAAAGUUGGAAGAUCACAUAAUGGCCUUCCAGUGUAUGGUUUUGGCAGUAUAAGUAUCUGCAUAGACUCUGUGAAGGAAGUCCUAUACGCACAGGGAUUAGAUGGAUGGGAUGUUGUGUCGCUUAAUCAGCUGAUGCAGAUGCAACAUACUGGCAGACACCGUUGAAUCACUUACUUAUGUGAUUCGACCUUUAUGGAGACAUUACUUUCAGAAUACCCAAGGGCUUAUAUUUGUUGUUGACAGCAAUGACAGAGAAAGG